AUGGCGUCUGGCAGCGGCCUCAGCUCGGGCGAGGUGGAGCUAGCUCUGGCGAUGGAGGGCCAGGCUGUGGCGGCUCGUGGCUCCGGCGGGCAGAGUCGCACGCGCCGACGCCGCUUCACCCACUCCGCCACGCCGCCGCGCCGCCAUCCCGUCGCAGAGCCGCCGUCCCACCGCGCCGCCAUCCCGUGCGACCCGCCGAGCCGUGCCCCCAUCCCGCUGUCCCUCCGCGCCGCCGACACGCCGUCCGCCCGAGCCGCCCCGCCGCUCCGGCCACGCUGCGCCGGCCCGCCCAGGCCGCGACGCACCGGCCUGCGCAGGCCGCGCCCCGGCCGCGCCCCCGUCCGCCUGAGCCGCUCCGGCCACACCACGCCGGCCCGCCCAGGCCGCGCCCCGGCCGCGCCGCGCCGCCCCAGUUACACCGCGUGGCCCGCCACUGGAGCGUCCCCGACCCGAGGAGGGCCUCGGCCGGACUCCGGUCGCCCCAGCCGCCGCCGUCGUGCUCCUCCCAACGGGAGAAGGGGUUAG